AUGUCUUCUUCACGGCGCCAAUCUCAGGGAUAUGCCAACUCCCAGGCUGGCUCCGUCCAAAACGGUCGCAAAGUCCACCCAGUUGCGGCCGCCAGUACCUCACUCGAUGAUGUUGAAAAGUACUUCGAACAGUUGGCCAACUCGCUCGGAUUACUGAACACCUCCUUGCGCCUACAGCCCAACGGAUUCUGGCUUAUACGUGAUAAUGUUACACAAUAUGUCGAUGCGCCCAAACGACUGGAUAUGAAUAAGCUGGCACGCAUGACCACCCUGGCGAAGGAUAUCAUCAAGGGGCAAACUGGAGUGGAAGUGGUCGAACGGCUCAGUUUCAUUCGCGAUAGCGAGCCUAGUUGGCCGUUGUGGAUAUCUAUCUUCACACAACCCUUGUACGCCUGCGGGUUUUGUGUUUUCUUUUUCUCAGGUGAUAGUAAAGCUCUCUUGGCUUCCGCAAUCACUGGUCUGAUGUCCGGCUGUGUCUUAACGAUCAUGAUAUAUGGCUAUCUAAGGCCGUUCAUUACAACGUUCCCGUUUUUGACCGCUUUGUCGGUUGGCUUUAUAGCGGGUAUGCUGGCUGGUUCUGGUACCAUGGAGGGGCCUUGCGCCUUCGCGUACUCUCUCGCUUCCACCGCCGGGUAUUUUCCGGGUGUGUCGCUUACCUUCAGUGUGGUCGAGAUCUCCUAUGGCAUCCACGUCACCGGUGCCGUGCGGUAUAUCUACGCUGUGGUGAGUGGGCAGGCCAUUGCUGUUGGGUUGUACCUGGGCAAUCUCCUUGCCGUCGACUACAUCUAUGGAGACGCAGUCAACAUCAUGGUUACCGGCACGUGCGAGACUGGCCUCACCUUCUCCAACCAGUACCGGCUGUUGUUUUACGUCUUCUUGUACGUCGGCGCGGUAAUUGUGUACGAGAUACCUCGACGGUUCUACCUGCCCUUUCUGGGGUGCCAAGGCAGCACAUACUUUGCCUACUAUGGCCUGACCAAGUACGGCAAUUUGAAUUCCGGAUUGGCCACAUUCAUUGCAGUGCUCCUUAUGGUGGCGAUUUCAGCCAUUUUCUCGCAGUACGCUGUGCGUCGCUUUAUGAGGGCCAAGAUGCUGGUGCCGGCGGUGUUGAUGGUGCCCACUAUCGAACUCCUUGUUCCCGGCUCUUCCGUGGUCAGGCAAAUGUACCUGACGCUUCUGGGAGAUCCAGGAGAAGCGUCCCAACAGAACUACGUGUACUAUGCCCUGUGUAUCACUUUCGGCAUCUUGUUGGGAGAGGCGAUACUCACCGUUUUCAACCAAUCAGUCUUUUCUGUUCCCAAGUUCCGCGGCGCCCUCAAUUCCGUCCCAGACAACACGCUCAACGAUCCGCUGUACAUGCGCACUCUCAUGCCUGACCAGUUGGGUUACUCGGGGUGUCUCAUGAUGGUCCACAAGGCUCACCGUGUAACGCAGUUCAAGGACAAGAAACUUGUGGCCGAUCCCUACGUGGUUAUAGAGAAGGAGGACGGGGAGUUGGUGGGAAGGACACGCACAGUCUACGAUGGUGACGAGGCGCACUGGGAUGAAGCAUUCAUUAUGCACAUCCCACCAGAAGAGAAAUCUAGUUACCAAAUCAAGGUGAUGGGACAUCAGGCGCUGAAAAACGACAUAGUUAUCGGAUCACUCGACGUGGACUUCUGUAUUAAUGAUGCGAGGCCAGCGGAACCCGAACCCGAACAUGAAGUAGAAAAAACGGCCUUUGAAAGGACAUUCAGUAAAGCGUUGCAACGGAUGCGUACUACCAACUUCCUGCGCACAAACAGCAUGUCGGUGAACAAUGCGCGAACCUCAACUAUCAAAGAAGAGGACUCCGGUCCGCCUCAUGUACCUAUGAGGUCGUUGGUGAUUAACGGAGUGCCAGUGCUGAGCGCGCCUUACGACGUUGACCUCAACUCAAGCAGUUGGCAAGUGCUCAACGAUUGUGACAGCAAAGGCCAGUUGCUGGUAUCUUUCAGAUGGUUCACGGCCGAUGCCCUCUUCGACUUCAGAGACAACGUGCGCCUGUCCAAUAUGGGCAGCGACGCCUCGCUCGGGUCCAAGUUCAAUGUGUGCUUCCAGGACAGCACCCCCGCGGUGGAGCUGGCAAACAUGCCCUCACGCUUUGAGGACCAGGCGAACACGCUCUCAUCGCAGACCGAGCAGACCCUUGCGGAGAGACUCGACACCAUGCGACUGCAGGUGCUGGACAAGACAGGCGAGUACAUCCCGCCCCUUUCAACGGGAAGCAGCAAGCUAUUGAACCUGGAAGGACUGCGCUCUGGUGAGGACGAGGUCAUGGUGAUGAUCGACGACUACACCAAAUCCAACAUGCAGAUCAAUAUCCCCAGAGACGCUGAGGCCGAUGCGCCGCCGUUGUCGGCGUCCAAUGACGGUCUGGAGAUCACCACAGGCGACAUCGCGCGAGAAGACCCUGCUGCACCCGCGUCGUCACCCAACCUCCCGCGCUCACCCGCCCCAGCAGCGGUCCAGCCACACCCACCCUCAUCCCUGCGACACGCAGUCAACUUCCUGCUGGACAGCAACGACCCCGGCGGCAAGAUCGCAGCCACUCUCACACAGUCCCAGCUAGCCUCGCGCACGCAGUCGCAGGUGAGCGUCACAGUACCCGCCCAUCGCAUGGAGACGUCGCCCGCCCCCGCGCGCAAGCGCCUGUCCAUCAGCUCACAGGCCAGUACUGCGGCGUCGGUGCCGCCGGAGCUCCUGCUGACCCCCGCCACCUUAGCCGACGGGUUCGCUGUACCAGAGAGCGUGACCAAGCCACCGACCUACGGCGCGCAGGAGAGCAACAACACCAGCGCCACCUCGCGCCAGAGCAGGCGGCCCAGUAUCCAGACGCAGGACAGCCGCACCAGCGUGUCUACCGCCACCAGCGCCGCGUAUCAGACGCAGACGUCCAUGACGUACUCAGGCCUGGAGGAGCGUUCGUCCAACAGCGUGCGCCAUAGCGACCUCGCGUCGCGAUCGUACAUGCCCAGGUCACUGCACCGAUCGACCACGCGCGGGUCCAACUCGUCGGCCUUGACGGGCCAAACUAAUCGCAGCCAGCGCGUCUCUACAAGCUCGAGGUCGAAUGCAGUGGCGGCGCACACAGCCAUGCAGAUGGAGAGUAUUGUCAGGCAGCCGUACGCUCGAGUGCUGAAGCGAGUGCAAACUUCCGGCACAAAGAAUGAUGAUAUAGGCUGGACCACAUUCUCGUAGAUGCCACACCCCCACCGCCGGACGGUAGUGGAUGUGGUGUAUGGCUCAAAUGAGUUCAAUAUUGGCAUGCCGCCACAUGCCAGUGCAAGGUGUGACGAAUUGGGCCACGCACCGAGCAGUUGCGGAUGUUGAGACGCGCACGUACUCAUCGUAUAGAAAUAAUGUUAAUAUACAAACGGGGAGGGAGGGGUAGGAGAGAUUUUUGGGCAGCUUGAAUAGAGAGACUAAGCUCUGCCUUUACAAAGAACCAGUACAUAGCCAGCGAGUGAACUUGGGGCUGUACCAUCGCCUUAUAGACUUGUUGGAACAAACACACCCCGAAUGCACAUAGCGCUGGUGGUGUGCACACAUGUGUGCCAGACGAUAGACAGUACAUUUGGACGGGAAGGGAGCACUUAUCACCGUACCCCAUCCUCAUGAGAUGUGGGGAGUGUCUUUCAGCUGAGCUGGCCUUACUCAGGCUCGCGGGAAACGGUAGGACUGAGCAUAUACCAACUGCUUGUAGUAAGAAAUACCAACUAAUGGUAGUAAGUACCAACAUCAUACACGUUGGGCCUGCAUCUCGCAGCGUGCGCAUAAACCAUGCAUGCAUCGGACACUUGCAAGUGUGGGUGCAUUGCUAUUCUCAGCGUUGCUUGGCAAG